ACAUCAUAGGUGCGGAAUUGCCUCAUAGAAAUAUGGAAACUACAGAAAAUCACUGCAGCUUUUUUUUUACGUAGCGUCAAUUUUCGAACGAACGUCAAUGCUCUCGUAAUCCUUCUUUGACAGCCGAACGUCUGAAAUCAACUUCCCACCAUCUUCUAAGGUUCCAAAUUGGCCAGCAACCCAGCAGUUGUAACUAAAAAUAACUGUAUGGCUCAUAAACGGGAUAUGCGGUGUUCAAAUUGUCGGCAAUCUAUUACAUUCUGCGGUUGUGAAGCAGAUUGUGGCGUGUCACUAAGGAAUUGUACUGUAGGCAGGUUUCUGGCUCGUCGCUAGGGAAGCGUCUUCUAACACUGUGUCUAAUGGUUGCUUCCCAGACUCAAGGUGUCUACUCCUGACUAGGGGUUUCCUAGGAUCGUCGAUACACGAGGUGAAUAUCCAAAGCAGGCACGUGGAUUUCCCGAUGUGUAAUUGUUAAGCCAUCAUGAGAAUGAGGGCGAAGAACAUGAACAUUGACCUCGACUGGAUAAGGAUUAAACGGCGAAUCAUCUCAAUUCUACCUCAAACGGUUGUGACACAUUUCCACGAUGAUCACCGCGAGUCUAUUGGGAGUAUUGACGAUGCUGGUUCCGUGGAAACGAAAUCACAGGAGGAGGAGAGAGGACCAGAGGCAAAGGUUGAAAAUGUGCGUCUCCUUGACCGGUUCAACACGAGGAAACCUGCCGUGGGUACGUUGUACCUGACAGCAACCCACCUGAUAUUCGUGGACCCGGCUGGGAAGAAAGAAACAUGGGUCCUCCAUAUGCACAUAGCAUCUGUCGAGAAGCUUCCUCUGACGACCGCCGGCUCGCCGCUCCAGAUACGCUGCAAGACCUUCCUCUGUGUGACGUUCAUCAUUCCCAGGGAGCGAGACUGUCACGAUGUUUACACGACACUGCUCAAACUCUCUCAGCCCGGCAGAAUAGGUGAAACCCCAAGAACUUUGGAAGACCUGUAUGCAUUCCACUACACGAACCCUGAGCUCACCACACCCAAGUCGUAUGGAUGGGACUUCUUUGAUCUUCAGUCUGAAUACCUUCGGAUGGGGGUACCAAACGAGAAUUGGGUGCUCACGCAUAUCAAUAAAGACUAUGAGAUUUGUGACACUUACCCACGUUACUUGUACGUACCACAGCCAGCCUCCACCGCCGUCUUAAUCGGUAGUUCACGAUUUAGAAGUCGAGGGCGCUUGCCAGUCCUUUCGUACUUACACAGCAAAAAUAGGGCCGCCAUCUGCAGAUGUAGCCAGCCGCUGGCGGGAUUCAGCGCCCGGUGCGUCGAGGAUGAGCAGAUGCUGCAAGCGAUCCUCAAGGCCAACCCCCAGUCGAAGUUCAUGUACGUCGUGGACACGAGACCAAAGCAGAACCUUAGUGACCAAAGCUCCAUGUGGACCACACUCCAAACCAUGACCCUUAUCAACGCAAUGGCAAAUAAAGCAGCCGGAAAAGGUUACGAGAAUGAAAACUUCUAUUCGGACAUCAAAUUCCAGUUCCUGGGGAUAGAGAAUAUACACGUGAUGAGGAACAGUCUACAGAAACUUACAGAUGUUUGCGAGUUAAAGAAUCCUUCCUCCAGCGCCUUCCUAAAUGGUGUGGAGAACAGUGGCUGGAUGAAGCACAUCAGGUCCCUGGUCGAGACGGCCCUCUUCAUCGCUGAGGCUGCGGAGCGGGGCAUUAGUACCCUGGUUCAUUGCUCAGAUGGUUGGGAUCGGACCGCGCAGACGUGCUCUAUAUCCUGUCUUAUCUUAGACCCAUAUUACAGAACAAUCCAAGGUUUCCAGACAUUGAUUGAUAAAGAAUGGUUGUCAUUCGGUCAUAAAUUCACCGAUCGCUGUGGCUUGUUGGAGACGGUCGACGCCAAGGAAGUCUCGCCGGUCUUCACGCAAUUCAUCGAGAGUGUCUGGCAGAUGAAGCAGCAGUUCCCGUGCGCAUUCCAGUUCAACGAUCGCUACUUGCUCACUAUCCAUGACCACGUCUACUCCUGCCAGUUUGGUACGUUCAUUGGUAACUGUGAGAAGGACCGAAUAGACUUAAGACUAGCCGAUCGAACCUAUUCCCUAUGGGGAUACCUCAACCAGAACAUAAAUGAUUACGUUAACCCUCUUUUCAAGAAGGAGUACGAGAUUACGCAUAUGAUACUUAAACCUGACAUUAGUCCACAGUCUUUCACAUUCUGGCGAGGCAUGUAUAACCGGUUUGAGAACGGCGUUCAUCCGCGAGAGAAUGUAAUGGAUAUCGUGAGUGCCAUGAAGGAUCACAGUACGUCUCUGGAGGAUCACAUCAAACUGCUUGAAAAGCGGGUCACAAGUAUAUGCAAGCUCCUCGACAAACCAGACGACACGAUUCAGAGAAAGCUAGAUGGCCUUGUCUCCUCCGAAUCUCUCUACACACUUAGUGCAUUUGAAGGUGCUUUAUUGGAUAAAACUAGUCCCCUGGACAAUACCGACAACACCGUCAAUGGUGAAAACGAUACGAAACAAAGUGAUACGGAGUCGGGAUUCGAGGACGGGAGUUCUCAAAUGGGGAAGUCGUUGCUGGAAGAGUCUGGAUCGUUACAGAACUCAACGUUCCUGCAGCGAUCGUCCAGCACCGAUACGCUGUCUGUUGAACAGUUACUGACUGAGAUCAAUUCUGUGUCUGUGAAUUGGAAGUCAUUUAGGAAUGUUCGCCAGUGUAGCUGCUCGACACCGUUUGAUACGUUUAGUAAGAAGUAUCACUGUUGGAAGUGUGGCAGCGUGUUUUGCACGCGUUGCAUUGCCCGACACGUACCACUGCUCGGGCACUACAGCCAGCGCCCGGUGCCCGUCUGCAAGACGUGCUACAAGGAGAUCAAGCAUUCACCGUCGCUAACUGACUUCCAGGUCCUGGUCCCGCAGAACAUACAGUCGUCCGAGGCGUCAUCAUAGGAUGUUUUAGUGGCACAGGCUCGGGUGAAUUUGCCCAGACUUGAGCGCUCUCAUUCGAGGCGUUAUCAUAGGAUGUUUUGGUGGCACAUACUGGGCUGAAAGUGCCAGGACAUCAGUGAAUUUCAAAGAAAAUCCGAGAAUAUCUACCACCUGAACACUUCCAUUUUGUGCUUUUGCUACAGAACACACAAUUGUCAUACUGUAUUAAGCUAACAUUGCGACCUGGGUGGGAACUUUGCCAUUCCUGGGGGAAAGGUAGACUACCUUGAAUUUGCAAAGGUAAAUAAAACUCUACUGAAUUAGGUGGAUUGGUUGAACAAUGUUAAAGGGCUUUAUCAACAGAAUAGGUCAGUGAUAGAUGUCUCUGCAAUCUCAUAGUAUAUCAGCACUAUUUACGCUUGUAUGAGGAACAUUUUUACCGCCAAGUCAAACCAGCCCGGGGAGGGGAGAAUGGGUUAUGUGAUAGUCUUUAAGACACACAUUGUCUAAUAGGUUGUGAUGCUUCUUGAGUAAUGUCAUGAUUCAAGUAUCAGGGCAGGCAUUUGUCUUUUCAUGUACUCGUAAACAGGGAGCGAGUGUUCGGGACAAUACUUAAUUUUUCAGUGUCUACCUGUCAUUUCAAAAUUGUGUUGAAUUUUGCUUGUGUGCGUUGCGACAAAAACGUCGAAGUGUUUUGACUAUUCAGUACCGAUCACGAAAAUAAGAGUCAUCAGUGUAUUUGGUUGAGUUGUAAUUAUUCUUGUCAAACCAAAUUGUUUUGUCACUGCAUGUUUGUGUUAGUCAGCUACAUUACAGCUCAGCGAUGCCGUUCAAAGCGGUCGGCAUCUUGGCUCAAAUUGUUGUGUUUACUGUUGAUGUUUAGUUCUGCAGGGUACUAUAAAAUCCUCACUGUUAUGAUUUGGGGCCAUAUCUUGAUGUAUAAAAAGCUCAUCUCGCUUUGGACACCUCCAAGUGCAGAGCAAAUGCUGAACAAGAAUAGGAAAGCUCAUGCGAGAAGAGGUGAAAAAUUUCCCCCAGAGUACAGCGGUGGGGAUACAUCAAGACUGCGAGAGCAGACGAUAGGGGUGAACCUCUGAAUACAAUGAUUAAUACUUAAAUUAUUCAAUCACAUUUUGUACAUAAUGUUUCUAAAUGAUAUAAACAUGAUAAACAUUGAAGGACCAGAAAUAGUUUGUGUUAAAGAGGGUUCUUUUUGAUUAGUUGAGAAUAAAUGUAAGAGAAUAACUGGUUUGUGUGGGUAUUGCCUUUCCAAUUUACACGAUGAAAUACUUUCUAUAAGUCUGCGGCAAUUGUUGAAUUGAGAUUUGGAAUGGUGAUACCUUCAUUUCCAAAUCCUGUGCAACGCUCAGUCACUGUGGUGUAUUAUAUGAGAUAGUUUGUCUUCAAUCCGGUCUAGUUUGUGUUUGAUUUCCGGUCUAGUUAAUGGUCAGCUGGACAGGUUUGCUGUCAUUCAAAUUGGCAAUAUUUCACCUUGGGCAAUGGACUGGUCAACAAGUCCAGGCUAAAGUAAGGCCGCACAAAUUGCCUUCUCGCCUGCUGUCCCAAGGAAUUAAAUUGGUGUGGCCUAAGAUGAAAGACAGGCUUGAACCUAGAGCUGUCUUUGACCGGGCAUCUCCCCAAUCCAGCACAGUGACGCUGUACUUAUCUAUGUGCAAUGACUUAUGUGUAAAAAGUGUAGAAAGAAAGUAAAGUUAUUGUAUAAUAAACUAGUUAAUAAGGUCAUCAA